UUACGUAAUUUUCUCUUCAUUCUAUAGAUGGGCCUACACCACCAGAGAAGUCUACAACACCAGAAAUGACUACAACACCAGAGAUGUCUACGACACCAGAGAUGUCUACAACACCAGAGAUGUCUACAACACCAGAGAUGUCUACGACACCAGAGAUGUCUACAACGCCAGAGAUGUCUACAACACCAGAGAUGUCUACAACACCAGAGAUGUCUACAACACCAGAAAUGUCUACAACACCAGAGAUGUCUACAACACCAGAGAUGUCUACAACGCCAGAAAUGUCUACAACAACAGAGAUGUCUACAACACCAGAGAUGUCUACAACACCAGAAAUGUCUACAACACCAGAGAUGUCUACAACACCAGAGAUGUCAACAACACCAGAGAUGUCUACAACACCAGAGAUGUCUACAACUCCAGAGAUGUCUACAACACCAGAAAUGACAACAACGCCUGAGAUGUCUACUACCCCAGAAAUGUCUACUACACCUGAAAUGUCUACUACUCCUGAAAUGUCUACUACACCCGAAAUGUCUACUACACCUGAAAUGUCUACUACACCCGAAAUGUCUACUACACCCGAAAUGUCUACUACACCUGAGAUGUCUACUACUCCAGAAAUGUCUACUACCCCCGAAAUGUCAACUACACCUGAAAUGUCCACAACACCCGAAAUGUCAACUACACCCGAAAUGUCUACAACUCCCGAAAUGUCUACAACACCCGAAAUGUCAACUACACCCGAAAUGUCCACAACACCCGAAAUGUCAACUACACCCGAAAUGUCUACAACUCCCGAAAUGUCUACCACACCCGAAAUGUCUACAACUCCCGAAAUGUCAACUACACCCGAAAUGUCUACAACUCCCGAAAUGUCUACAACUCCCGAAAUGUCUACAACACCCGAAAUGUCUACAACUCCCGAAAUGUCUACAACACCCGAAAUGUCUACAACUCCCGAAAUGUCUACAACUCCCGAAAUGUCUACAACACCCGAAAUGUCUACAACUCCCGAAAUGUCAACUACACCCGAAAUGUCAACGACUCCUGAAAUGUCUACAACUCCAGAUAACACUAUUUUACGUAUACUUGCUAUCACAAAUGUAUUGGUUUAUUUCAGUUUUGAACGUAUUGUUAUACAUUUUGAAACUAAAUACAAAUAA